AAUUGACAAUUGAUAAAUGACAGUGAUAUAAGGAAAACACCAAUAACAAUUAUCGUUGUUGAUUUGAUCAUUCUGAAUGAUUAAUGUGUUCUGUUCUUUAGUGGCUAUUCUAAAACUUACACCAAAUAGGUAUAAAGCCUUAAUUUAACUUCGUGUUUGAUGUGUGUCCUGUAUAAAGAUUCACGAAAUCUUCCUUUUCCCAUCGACGAGAUAGAUGAACACAUUCAAAUAGUCUGCAGUAUAAUUUGAUUGUAAACGAGAAAGUCCAACAUAUCUCAAGAUGAGUUACAUGCUGGGGCAUUUGCAUAAUGGGUGGCAAGUGGACCAAGCUAUCUUGUCUGAAGAAGACCGUGUUGUGGUAAUCCGCUUUGGACACGAUUGGGACCCGACAUGUAUGAAGAUGGAUGAAGUGUUGUACAGCAUUGCAGAAAAGGUUAAGAACUUUGCUGUGAUAUACCUUGUGGACAUAACUGAAGUACCAGACUUCAACAAAAUGUACGAGCUGUACGACCCAUGCACGGUGAUGUUCUUUUUCCGCAACAAACACAUCAUGAUCGACCUUGGCACCGGCAACAACAACAAGAUCAACUGGCCACUUGAGGACAAGCAGGAGAUGAUCGAUAUCAUAGAGACGGUGUACCGUGGCGCGCGCAAAGGCCGCGGUCUCGUUGUCUCGCCCAAAGACUACUCUACCAAAUACCGAUACUGAAGUGUCCCCAACAACAACACAAUACAACUCUGUGGGACACAGUCACACACAAACUGUGCCCGUUAUGACUGAAGCAUAUUCCUAUGCCGAUGGAAAAUGGUGAAUUCUAUUUUGUUUCAUACAAAGUGUACAAGUGAGAAUUAAAAAAACAAAAGUCGGUGUAAAUUUAAUUUUAGAAUAUUCGGGCAAUCCAAAUGCCUAAGAAGUGAGAAAUAAAGAUUACAUAUUUUUA